ACAAAAAUUUGCAGAAAAAACAAAAAUAGAGUCGUCUUCCUUCGGCAGAGAGAAUGGGCGCUGGUAUGGCACUACUGUCUCUCUCUGAUACAAUGUGAAGAUGGGGCGGAAUGCCUCUUCCUCUCUCUCUCCAUUCUGCUGACUUUGAUCUUACCCUACUUACUAUAAAUAGUAUUUUCGCAUACAAAUGGCGCCUUUCUCUUGCUCUUACUCUCCCCAAUUUCAUGCUAUUUUCAGCCCUAUUUCCACCAACAACAAUUUAUCUUGCUCUCCUUCCCCCUAUUCUUCUUAUCCCAAUCAUUCGCAUCGUCGGCGCCGCAAUUACCUGAAUCUCGCACCCUUUUCCGGGUUGAAGAAUAUCUUGACGAAUCAGAACCUUACAGCUCAAGCCAUGAGUACAUCUCAGGGAAACCUGGCUUCGAAUCUUGCAUCAAAGGUUGCCUCACCACGGCACAUUGUAAAUAUAGAGCAUAGACCUGAUCAUCUUCUUGUUCUUGUACAUGGUAUCUUGGCAAGCCCAAGUGAUUGGACGUAUUUUGACACGGAGUUGAAGAGACGGGUAGGAAAGAAGUUUUUGAUUUAUGCUAGUUCAUGUAACAUGUACACUAAGACUUUCACGGGGAUUGAUGGUGCUGGAAAACGACUUGCCGAUGAAGUCAUUCAGGUUGUGAAAAAGACAGAGGGACUAAAGAAGAUAUCCUUUCUGGCCCAUUCACUUGGUGGACUAUUCGCAAGAUAUGCAAUCGCUGUUCUGUACACUCCCGGUGAUGUAGUUGGGACUCAGGCUUCGGCAUUCCAAUCCUCGGGCUCUUCAAAUAAAGGUUUGAUUGCCGGGAUGGAGGCGAUUAACUUUAUCACCCUGGCAACACCUCAUCUUGGAGUGAGAGGAAAUAGACAGCUUCCAUUCCUUCUUGGUGUACCUUUCUUGGAGAAACUUGCUGCUCCUAUUGCCCCUAUAUUUACUGGCCGAACUGGGAGUCAGCUCUUCCUCACAGAUGGAAAACCCAGUAAACCCCCUCUUUUAUUGAGAAUGGCAUCAGAUUGUGAAGAAGGAAAAUUUAUAUCAGCACUCGGUGAUUUCAGAUGCCGAGUCCUUUAUGCUAAUGUCUCUUAUGACCAUAUGGUUGGUUGGCGCACAUCAUCCAUACGAAGAGAAAAGGAGCUUUUCAAGCCUCCUAGGCGAUCUUUGGAUGGCUACAAACACGUUGUUGAUGUGGAGUACUGCCCUCCUGUUUUAUAUGAGGCUCCACAUUUCCCACCAGAAGCAGCGAAAGCAAAGGAGGCUGCUAAAAACGAACCCAGCGUACAAAACACAGUAGACUACCACGAGAUCAUUGAAGAGGAGAUGAUCCAUGGUUUGCAGCGACUAGGGUGGAAGAAAGUUGAUGUCAGCUUUCACUCAUCAUUCUGGCCCUUCUUUGCUCAUAAUAACAUCCAUGUAAAAAACGAGUGGUUUCACAACGCUGGAGCUGGAGUGGUGGCUCAUGUUGCAGACACCAUUAAGCAACAGGAAACCUCCUCUACGUUCAUUGCUGCUAAUUUGUAGCUCUACAAUUGCAAUAUGCUUCAAUAUAUGCUAACUAACUUGUAUAUCUUCUCUCAAUAUUUGUUAGAACGACAUUCUAUAUAGUAGUAUAUAAAGAUGAGUGACAAGUAUACGAAGUUUUUUUAAGAUCUUCAUAGUUUCAUUUAAUCUAGAAAACUUGUUGGUUUCUUUACUAA